GGUUAAAGCACUUGAGCCAAGAAUGUGGCGAGGAAAUCGCACUUGCUUUUAGUUUUGGUUCUCUUUGUUAUACUUUCCCUGGUCUUAGGUUGAAAUGAGAUUAUAGUGUUUGUUUGUGGACAAUGCCCAAUUUAUAAGAUUUCUGUGCUAUGUUUUCUCUUGCGUGGGUUUUGUGGAAUUUUUGGUCAGUACAGUUAGUAUGGUUCAUAUGGAGUUAUAGUGAUGCUUUUAUGUUAUAGCUGAAUGAGGUUGCAUCUUUCAUGGGUUUAUGGUAUUAGCGGAGUUCAGAAACUUAUAGCCAGCAUGGAUUUCAAUGAGUUUUCUGUGAUAGGUUUAUGAGAUAAGAUCCUGACAUGGAGAGUACAUGGAAUUUCGAGAAGUUUCCUUUACAAGGAGCAAAUAUGGAGAGAAUGACAAAAGGAUCACUGGUGGUAUCAGACAGGGCUGUUUCUGGAUUCUUUUGUAUUGGAAAGAUUGGAGUAGUGCAUUUACCAGGCCCUAAGAAGCUCUGGACUUGACAGCCUCAGCGUGUGUGCUUAGUUGUCUCUCUAAUUUGCUUAGUUGUCUCUCACUUUUUUAAUUAUAAAGAAUUAAAAUUUCACUCCUGAAGAAUUUACUUGAAUGGAUCAAAUUUCUUUACCACCUGGGUUCCGUUUCCACCCCACUGAUGAAGAGCUGAUCAAUUACUUUUUGAAGAGAAAAGUGUCUGGCCGGCUUCCUAUAGUCAAAGCCAUUACAGAGAUUGAUUUAUACAAGUGUGAGCCUUGGGAUUUACCAGGCAAAUCUUCCUUACGAAGUAGAGAUUUGCAAUGGUACUUUUUCAGUCCUAGGGACAAAAAAUAUCCUAAUGGAUCUCGGAAAAAUCGAUCAACAGAAGCUGGUUACUGGAAAACCACUGGAAAAGACCGGUCUAUAUAUUCAGUUUCUCGAAAGGUUGGAAUGAAGAAGACUCUAGUAUAUCACACUGGGCGGGCUCCUCAUGGAGAGCGGACGAACUGGGUGAUGCACGAGUAUAGACUUGAAGACAAGGAAUUGAAGAUGUCAGCUGCAAUUCAGGAAUCAUAUGUACUUUGCCGAGUCUUUGAAAAGAGUGGUCCUGGACCCAAAACUGCAGAAGAGUAUGGUGCUCCUUUUAGGGAAGAGGAUUGGAAUGAGGAAAUAUCUGCUGAAGCUGGGGUAUCAUUUUCUUUGGAAAACGGUUAUAUUGCUUGUGAUCCAAACAAUUCAACUUUGAGCAAUGCCAAUAAUAAUGUUGCUGUAUGCCCUGGAGUAGCUCAAGAAUUGGACAACGGAGUAAUCAUCCUAGACAAAAACUAUGCUCCUUGUGCAGAUGAUAGUGAAAUUCACAGUUUCCUGUUAGCAUGUGUUGAUUGUCCAGAUGAUCUGAAGCUGAACCUCAAUAAAGGUGAAAGUUCCCAACAGGGUGCUAAUAAAUAUCAGGCAGAAUCUGAUGAGAUUUUUGAGGAUCUGGAGGAUAUUGGUUAUUUGAGUGGAAGGCACAAUGCUAUUGAAAGCACUAUGCAGGAUAAUAACAGUAGAAUUCACUUGAAAGCUGGUAUGGACGUUGGAGUGCAGGGUUCUGCUAGCUUCAAUCAAUUUUUACCAGAUAGGCAUGAAUCAUCAACAGAUAUUCUGCAGGGAUUCUUUGAGUUGAACGACUUUACAACUCCAGUGGAGUUAGAUUCUUUUGCUCAAGAAACACAUGGUUUUGAUGCCUCCAAUCGUUCAGAUGAUUUUGGGGUUCCACCAAUGCCAUGGUAUCAAAGUGAGAGUGCAAAUAAGAAUAUUGGAGCAAAUUCUUUCAGUUCAGAUCAAUGUAUAUCAACUGGAGUGGCCAAAACAACUGCGACUUCACAAUAUGGAAAGUGUGUGCUAUUGGAGGGUGAUAAUUCAGAAAUUGAGCUACACGCAAGACCACAGGCAGAAUAUUCAGGGACUCCGUUUUGGACAGAAGGGCAAUUGAUAAAUGCAGCUUCUUCAACAGAUGAUGAGGGUAAUACAACCCAACAUGUAAGUGCUAGCAUGCUGUUUGUCAAAGGGGAUGAGCAUUGCCAUGUUGGAUCGCCUUCUAAAAUUGAAGCUCUGCUAGCAUCUAUUCCUACUCGUCCUGCAUUUGCAGCUGAGUUUCCUUUUAAAAAUAAAUCAGUGUCACAACUUCCCAAAUUAAGUUCAAUGCAUAUACAACCUGCACAGGAGCAUAUGGCAGCCGUAACCGUGAACUAUCCAUGCUCCAAGAUUCACAAACACGGGCCAGUUGAUGCAUCUGGGAUUUCCUCAUCUGCUUUCUCUUAUGGCAGCAUGGGUGGAUUGCCUCGAUGUACUGACUUGAUAUCAGAAAACCGUGGUACACAGAGGAAAACAAGGGGAAGUUUACAUACUGGCUUCCUUUUUGUGUUUUUCUUAGGUUCCAUAUCAGCUUUUAUUUGGCUUUUGAUUUUUGGAGCCAGUUUUCUACUAGUCAGAUACUUAUUGGGAUUAGUUAUAGCAUAAUUAAUCCAUUUAAUGGGUUGUUCAUUAUGCCAUUUUAUAGCAGUAAAAUUUUGAAGUCAGUGGCAACUGGUUAUCAAGCACUAAACUUUUCAAGACUGACUCUGCAAUUUCUGUUAAAUAAAGAGGCGUUGAGCCUCAGAACACAACAGUCAUGUUCAUCGUCAGACUUAUUUAUUGUUAUUAUUUCUCCUGCAGAUUGCACAAACUAUUUAUUAAUACAUUUUGAUGGACUUGAAUUUA